AUGUCCAAAAUUAAUACAACCCAAAGUGCUCUUCUUGAAGGCCAAGUCAAGGAAUUCAUUGGCUCAGCCAAAACUAAAAUUGCUGACCUCAAGAUGGAUAUAAACCAGCUUGAGAAAGAAAAGGAAGAGUCUAAAAUGGAACUUGAGCAGACCAAAGGACAUAAGAGAAAAGUUUUACAAGAAAACCAAGUCCUCGAAGAAGAGCUUAAUAAUAUCAAAUAAUAACAAUGAAGCUUUGAAAAAUGAGAAAGCUGAGCUUGCCAUUGAAUUAAAAUAAGGCAAAGGAUGACCUCUCCCAUCUUAUUGAAAAAGCAGAGAGUCAGAAAUCUCAGCUUGAGAAGGAAAUAGCUAACCUAGAAAAAACUGAGAAGGAUCUGAAAGAAACCAGGAAUAAGGAACGCAAGAAACUACAAGAUCUAGAAGACUCCUCUCAUACAAAAAUAAUGGCUCUUUCUGAGACCCUUAAAAGAAAAGAGAACGAGAUUGAAGAACUUAGAGCUAUUCUUGAAGAUCUGGGUAUUAAAGAAAACAACCGAAUGGAAGAACUCGAACAAGAAGCAAUGAACAUAAAGAAAAUAUUCCUAGAUACGGACCAAGACGGAGCAUAAGUCUCCUAUUAUUUUACAUACUUCACCCAACCCCUUCCUCCC